CUUUAGAAGAUCAAUCCGAGAGUGCAGGUGUUCCUUUAGGCAGUUAAAAAAAGAUUGUUACAUUUUCAGAAUGUCCACCACGGAAGUAAACAUGACAAAUGACAGGAAAAUGCCCAUUACCGGUAAUGGAUACCCAGUUUCUUCUGGCUACCCUCCACGAAAGAAUUACGUCACAACCGGAGUCCCGCCUUCUAAUCAAUCAGUUGAUACCGAUAAUACCGCACAGCUAGUGGAUCACGGAAUGGUCAGACAGGCUCCCUCGCAGCAACCUAUUCGAGAUUAUACUGGAUUUGCUGUCAUCGUCACAAUGAUGUUCUGCCUACCAUUGGGCAUUGUGGGGCUCGUCAAAGCAUCUCAGGCGAGAAACAAGCUCAGACUAGGAGACAAUGAGGGCGCCAGAGAGGCUGCUCAGAGUGCAUUCAGAUGGUCCUUAAGCGGUCUCAUUAUUGGAUCUAUUAUUCUGGUGAUUGUCAUAGUUUCUUAUUCAGUUUUGGUCUCAAAAUAUAGUUUCUAAAUAUGUUUCAUAUUAAGAUGGCCUCAUCUGUCACUCAUGUACCUGCUGAUAUUUGUUUCGCAACCGGUAGGUAAACAAUUUUAAAAUCAAGGAAAUCUUAUGUGUUUCAUGAUAUGGACCAUGUUUGGAUGCCAUUGUCUUAUACACACCACGGUAUAGCCAUUCCAUUACUGUGAAAUAGACAUCAUUAUCUUAAAAUCUUUAUUGCACACUAAAUUAUUUUCUCAAGUUUAUCAUGUUUAUAGUGCUUCGGGUUGGCCUUAAUUUUCUCCCAGAAUUCAUUUGAGAGCAAACCAAUGAAUAAUUCCACACUUUAUUUUGUUUUGUUCUUCCUAAAAUAAUAGACAAGUAUGAGUGAAAAAGCUUGCCAGCAAAACAUUAAGUUAGCUUCAGAUUAAUAUUCAUUUUGUUUAGGCCACAACAUAUUAUUUUACAAGUUGCCUCAUUUACACAUAAUUUUAUCCAUAUGAAGCAUAAGGAUAGUUACACUUACAAUUUAACGUUUUCUUUGGGCAACCGACGAGAUAAUUUUCACAAAUGAAGUAUAAAUUUAAACAAGUUCUUCUUGCUGCUUUCUGUAAGAAAUCAAUUUAAUUUAUUUCAUUAGAUUUGUUCAUAAUUUAUUAUGUCUUGGUUAACAGCAGUAAAGUUAUAACACAGUCAUCUAGAUUACUAGAAGGGCAAUUACAUCAUACAUCAUUAUGUCAAAUAACUUAGGCCUAGGUUGUUUUUUGUUUUAAGUACCGUUUUUAAAAGAGGAAGUGCCUUUUUUUCCCUGUGCCCCACACACUCAAAUUUAUACGCACCUCAUGGGAUAGAAUUGGGUGUAGGAAAAAAAUGUUCUCAUACUGUGACUUGUUCAAUUCUGUAUUUUUCAUUGUUUUACAAAUAAUUAUGGUUUUCCAAGAAGGGAAAAUGUCUGUCUGAUUUGCAGCUUUGUGUCGACUAGACUGAAAAGCUUACAACAUUUUGUAAUUUUAUGCUAACCGAUGUUUGCAUAAAACUAAUGAAUAAAAUAAAAUAAAUAAAGAAUGGUAAUACGAUUCAGGCACGUCUCAUAGCAAAUUUACAUUCAAGGUUUAAUAUUCAAGGAAAACAAUGAUUUUAUGAGAGAAUAAAUAUUGGUAUGUAAUAGUUAAAUUAUAAUAUUUUGACUUGUUCUUAUUGGUGAGUGUUCUUGCAUGCAUCAGUCGUUUUAUAUUUUAGCGUUGUGUUGUGUUCUUCAAAAGAACGUUAUGACCCAUUGUGUGUUCAUUAAUUGUAGAAGUGCAAUCUUCAAAUGAAAAAAAAGAGGAAAAAAGAGAAAAAAUAGAUUUUAUUAGGAAAUAAAUCAGUGCGGUAGAAUGUAUACUGAUGUGUAAUUCAGCUCAUAUAAUAAUCUUUUCAAAUGACUUUUCAUAUUAGUAAUUCACCAAUGUUAAAGUGUUAAUUGAGUUGUUAUGAGAAAACGUUAAAAAACAUGUAGAUCAUCUAUUAGAUAAUAUCUUUAAUUUUAAGACCAGAAUUAUGUAUAGGCCCACCUGUUACUAGUUAAAAGGAACUUUCAGGAAGAAAAGGCGAGAAUGGUGUAUGCACUUAUAAAAGGGAAACUUCAAAAAGUUCUGCGAUUAUGUUUUUUCCUCAACCAAGUGACUGUUAAUAGAGUUUGUAAAAAGCCUUUUGUUCACAAAUUCAUCUCUUUUUGCCUUAUAUCCCCAUUAAAAAUUGUUUGUUUUAUCAU